GGUCAUUUAACACAAACCCGAAACUUACUGUACGCGUUUAGUUUCGUUUUCCAGACACUGAAUGUGAAGGCGCGGUUUCAACAUUAGGAGUCUCCACGACAUCGGGCAUACAAACUACUCGUUUUCCUGGUAUUAAAAUAAGCAACAAAGACAUGGAAUCUAAACUCAGUCAGCUGGAAUGCCUUUUUACAUGGCGGGUGGAAAAAUCCGACAUAAGAGAUUUUAAAAUCUUGCCAGAGAAACUUCUUGACAGAAUCAAAUCUACCCCACAGAAGUAUCAUGCCACAUAUUUCAACAUUCUGGCAUUUGUCAACCACUUGGAAGGCAAAACCGAGAGAUCACUGGAUUAUCUUCAACAAGCUGAAGCAGCACUGAAGGAUGAUAAUCAAAAGAAAGAUGUAGACUACCUGGUGACCUUCUCCAGCUUUGCAUGGGUACACUAUCACUUGCACAACCUUGAUGAUGUGGAAAAAUACCUUACCAAGGUGAAAAAUAUAUGCAGGGACAUACCAGAUUCAUCUGAGUACUCCUGCAACCUCCCCUUAAUACAUGGAGAGAAAGGAUGGACCUUUCUGAGGCUUGGCGGGUCAUUUUAUGAACAAGCAAAGGAGAGUUUCUCCAAGGGUCUCGAAGCAGAACCAGACAAUGUAUUGUGUAAUGUGGGCUAUGCAAUAGUGCUAUACAGAAUAGAAGGCAUGAACAAAGAGAGGCCAAUAAGUGCAGAAGACAGUGAAACAGUCACGCAACUCAGAAAAGCUCUAAGCCUGGAACCCACAAAUACUGAAGUCAUGGUGCUGUUGGCCUUGAAACUCCAAUGUUUAAAGAGACAGGAAGCUCAGAAGCUUAUAAAGGAGGCUCUCAAACUGUCCCCUGACGUCCCGCAGGUGACCAGAUACGUGGCUAAGUACUUCAGAGCAGAGGGCUCCAUUAUGGAAUCGCUGUCUAUCCUUGAGAAAGCAGUUGAGUUGACCCCAAACUCCAACUUUCUGCAUCAUCAAAUCGGUCUUUGCCAUAAACAGCGGCUUAUUGAGAUGUUAUCUGAGAGGAGGCCUGGAAGACGCUUUCCUGUCGCUCAAGUAUCCGCUAAGGCAGCCGAGUGUAUCCGGCACUUUUCAAAGGCCGUAGAGCUAAAGCCUUCUAACAUUUACGCCCAAGUGAAUCUUGCAGAGGCCUAUGGGGACAACCGGCAACUCGGAGAAGCAGAGAAAAUAUUUACCAGGCUGAUAAAUGACACAUCUUUCAGCGAAUAUGAAAAACAGCACUGCCACACAUGCUAUGGUGUGUUUUUGCUCUACAAGAGAAAGGAUGAUGACACAGCAGUCUGUCAGUUCAAGAUCGCAUACAAAAUUCCAAUAGACAGCUAUGACAGGAAACAAGCGGGCAAGAAGCUCAGACAAAUUGCGGAGAGGAAUCUCAGCGGCAAGCGCAAAGUCAAGGAGGCAUUCGAGAUUUUGGCCUUUGUAUCUUCUGAAGACAAACAAGAGGCACAAGCGGCGAUGUAUCUUCAGAGAGCCCAGCAGCACUCAGAUGGUGAUGACCUAGCAGAAACCUUCGCCAAAGGACUGAGACUGAAACCCUAACUGAACUUUACUCGUACGCGCUUUUAGCAAAAACUUAAAAUAGCAUUAAUAUAAUACUAUAAUCAAGGCUAUUUUAAAAUGUCUUAUUUGUAAACAAGCUUCUGAUCUUUAUUGUAAUACAGGCAACAUUUAUUGAAUAAAUCCUGAAGGGCGGUACAGUUGCCUCACAGCAAGAAGGCCAUUGGUUUAAGAUCUACUUUUUCCCUAAACUGUUCACUUUACACAUAACCUUUUUUACAUUUUCGUCAAUGGACAUUUUCACUUAAUUAUGAGUGUAUGUGACUGUUAAGUGCAAGCCUAAAAGAUCACAGUUCUGUAUGUGCAUGUUUGUUCCCUCUGAGAUGUUAUGGACAGCAGACUUUCUUUUGUGUCCCAGCAACUUAUUAUAACUGCAAAACAAUAAAUUGUUAUACACUAUGA